UGAUCCUCAUUUGUUCGCGGCCUCUUUAUCUUGCUGAUAUCACGCAUCAGGGUCCCGCCGCCUGGGUUUUCCAGGCUAUCCAGCAUAAGAGACGAGUCAGUGCUCAUAAUAUACUCAUACGUAUCCAUGAAUUGGAAAUCAAACAUAUCGCCAAAGCCGAUUCCACCUGAGCUGUCGGGUGCAUCUCCAUGGGCUUCUACGGAUUGGCGGCACCCUAUCAGCCCGGUAUUUGAACCACCUUCGCCGCCUGAAGGCAUAUGCCUGUCAAUGAUAGGCGCAACUCUUGAGGAUUCUAAUAAAUGCGACUUUCGCAUCUGUGCCUUUUGUCUGUGGUGGUGUACAGACCGCAGGACGGCAUCAAACAUGACUGAUGCCCCCAAGCGACCGGUGACAAGAAGGCCCCUCGGGAGUAAGUCCUUGGCGUCAUUCUCGCCUGAGUCUUCAAUCAUGUAACCGCGCGCAACUUCUAUCAACCGUUGAAUGAUCUCGGCAGCACGUGUGCGAUCUGGAUGUAACGGUUCUAUUCUGGAAAUCGCGUGUGCAUCUGCAAGGCGUGACAUAGCAAGGGUUAUAUCCUGCGGUUUCAUACUCGAAUGCGAGAGAAGAACCCGGAAAAUAAAUGUAGCGGCAAAGAACAUAUAGCUGA